AUGGAAGCCAAAGAAGCCGAGCGCGCAGCAUUCCUGCUCGACGCCCAAAACAAAGCCAUCCUCCUCUUCCAAGAAAUCGAACAAACUCUAGUCCGCCCCGGAAUCAGCGAAAAGGCACUCUCCGAUGAAAUACACAAACUAGGCGCCGAACGGUACAACGUGCGAACCCAUUGGCACAAACGCGUUGUUCGCAGUGGACCAAACACCCUAGCACCCUACGCCGAUAAUCCGCCCGAUCGAGUCAUCCAAGAAGACGAUAUCCUCAUCGUGGACCUAGGCCCCGUCUUCGAAGAAUGGGAAGCCGAUUUCGGGCGCACGUUCGUGUUGGGCGAGGAUCCGCACAAGAAGAAAUUGCGGGAUUCGCUGCAGCCCAUUUGGGAAAUUGUUAAAGACAAGUAUCGCGAGAAUCCUGAUAUGACGGGGGAGCAAUUAUAUGAUAUCUCGUGUGGGAUUGCGCAGAAGCAUGGGUUUACGUUUGGAGCUCAUAUUGCGGGCCAUAUUGUUGGGGAUUUUCCACAUGAGCGGAUUCCGAGGGAUAAGACGAGUUUGUAUAUCACCAAGGGCAAUGAUAAGAGUAUGAAUUGUGUUGGGCCGGAUGGGUUUAAGCGGCAUUGGAUUUUGGAGAUUCAUCUGCAUGAUACUGCGCGCCAGUUUGGGGGAUUCACGGAGCAACUUUUGACAGUGGAUUAG